ACUCUACUGUUGACAACACCGGGCGAACGAUUUUAUUCCGUUGACUCGUUGUUAUGGAGCGAUGCUUUAGCAGUAUCAGCAGGGAUGAUUCUCCUUGUUCCCCGCCUCCACCAGCAUCGCCUCCUCCUCAUGUCCUCCCUUCCCCUCGUCUUCCCCCUCCUGUGCCCCCCUCCUCUCCGCCAUCAUCCGUGACUCCUCCUCUCCGACAAGGAAAACUGAGUUUUGCAGGAGCCAUGGUGGACGUCAGUAAAUGGCCCCUGUUCUCGCUGCUGAGCUCUGAGGAACUUGCUGCGAUCCGACAGGCCUGUGUGUUUGGCACCUCUGCUAAUGAAGCUAUCUACAUCACACAUGGAAAUGAAGUAUUUGUGUUUGGGUUGAACUGCAGUAGCUGCCUUGGUACAGGAGACAGUCUGAGCACUAUUGUGCCAAAGAAACUGGACUUCCUGCGGGGGAAGAAGGUAGUCAGCCUCAGCUAUGGCAGUGGGCCACAUGUCGUGUUGGCUACAGACGAUGGACAGCUGUUUGCUUGGGGGCACAACGGCUACAGCCAGCUGGGGAAUGGGAUGACCAACCAGGGACUGUCCCCGGUGUUGAUCACUUCUAACCUGCAGAACAAGAAAGUGAAGGAGGUGGCAUGUGGCUCGCAUCACUCCAUGGCUCUCACUCAUGAUGGAGAGGUUUUCGCGUGGGGCUAUAAUAACUGUGGCCAGAUUGGUUCAGGCUCCACAGCCAACCAGCCCCACCCCAGGAAAGUCACUGGUUCCCUGCAGGGCAAGACUACCGUAGGCAUCACAUGUGGACAGACUUCCUCCAUGGCUCUGGCCGACAAUGGAGAGGUUUAUGGCUGGGGCUACAAUGGAAAUGGACAGCUGGGUAUCGGUAACAACGGGAACCAGCUGACACCUUGUCGCCUUACUGCACUCCAAGGGCUGUGCGUUCAUCAGAUUGUAUCGGGCUACGGACACUGCCUGGCGCUAACAGAUGAAGGGCUGCUGUACGCCUGGGGAGCAAACACUUAUGGUCAAUUGGGAACUGGCAACAAGAGCAAUCACCUCAGCCCUGUACAAAUCAUGGCUGACAAAGAGAGCAGGAUUGUGGAGGUCGCAGCAUGCCAUUCAACGCACACUUCAGCAGCAAAGACCCAAAGCGGGCAGGUGUACAUGUGGGGUCAGUGUCGGGGCCAAGCCAUCGUCCUGCCACACCUCACACACUUCGCCAACACAGACGACGUCUUCGCCUGCUUCGCCACACCCUCGGUCAUGUGGCGUCUCAUGUCUAUGGAGCAUGACGACUUCAUGACAGUUGCCGAGUCUCUAAGAAAAGAGUUUGACAGUCCUGAAACCGCUGACCUCAAGUUCAGCGUUGACGGCAAAUGCAUCCAUGUUCAUAAAGCUGUGCUAAAGAUCAGGUGUGAACAUUUCCGUUCCAUGUUUCGCUCCCAAUGGACGGAGGAUCAGCAGGACGUCGUAGAGAUCGGCCAGUUCUCCUACCCCGUCUACAGAUCCUUCCUGCAGUUUCUCUACACAGACACUGUCGACCUGCCGCCUGAGGACGCCAUUGGCCUGUUGGACCUGGCUACCUCUUACUGUGAAAACCGCCUGAAACGCCUGUGUCAGCAGAUCAUCAUGAGAGGAAUCACUGUCGAAAACGCCUUCACCCUGCUGUCUGCCGCCAUACGAUACGACGCAGAGGACCUGGAAGAGUUUUGUUUCAGGUUUUGUGUAAACCAUCUGACUCAGGUGACUCAAACUGGAGCCUUCUGGCAGGUAGACGGCGCCAUGCUCAAGGAGUUUAUCAGCAGGGCGAGCCGCUGUGGAGCCUUCAAGAACUGAGUCUUACAUUCUAACGAUUUACAAACUAUAGUCUGACCACGUGGAUGUGGUCGUGCUGCAAGUGGAGAAUGUACCACUGCUCCGUAAGUAUCAGCUUUGAUCACAUUCCUGUCGGUCCAUCUCAUGACAAAAGAGGAGGCCCUUUCUUGAAAUGUUUCUAUUCACAAAGGCACAUAAACAACAUCGUUAUCAUUAUGUUGAAAUGGAAUUCGAGCUUUGUCACCUGUGGAUCCAAAAUCAGCACUUUGGCCAUUUCCUGUGGAGUCACUUAAACUCUUGCCGCCUUUUCUGUCAAAUUGUGUUUUAUUCUUUACAUGCUGAAUGUCUACUUGAAUUUUUUUUAUUUUUCUUGGCCGUUGCUUAAAUUCAUUCUUAACUUUUUUUUUUAAAUGUUCAUGUAAAAGACCAAAGACCUGGAAGAAAUGGGCACAUUUGUUUUUGUAAGGGAACUAAAAGAGGUGUUAUGUUAAAUUGUCUUAGAUAACUGACUUAGAUUGGCCAGAACACUUGUACCACUAAACUGAAACACGUCGGAGUUAUAUCUAAAUUUUCCAGCAAGAUUUUUUUAAACUGUUGAGUUGAAUAGAGAAUCGCUGUCCCAUUUAAAAGUGUCAUAACAUACACAGCUGAUCCAGAGCCUGCUGUGCGUUAUUACGGGUCACUUGUUGUUCUCUUAGCUUGCUUUCCCGACAUUGUGGGAUAUCAAAGCUAUUGCAGGAUGUAUGUUUUCAUUUUUUUUAUACUUAAGUCUGCUUUGUUUUGGAAUGUUCAUUCUGUCUUUUGCUCUAUGGCACUUUAAGAAACAGUUCUUCAUUUUCAGUAAGUAGUAGUUCAAAUAAUUUAAAACCUAGAUAGAGAAGACUAGAAACUGAGUUACAGAAUGUUAUGCUAGAAAUUUUGCAAAAGCGACAGUGAACUUUUGAGGCACUGUUACAUUCUUAGUUGUGCUUUCCUUCUGUUGCAAGUGUAAAAUACAUAUACAGUAAGGCAUAUGGUAUAUAAUGGAAGCUUAAUUUCCCGAAAAAGAACUGUCAUUUCCUUACUAUUAUGGUUUUAAUCUUUUCUUCUGUUCGCUAAUUGUAUCAGGGCUGAAGGAAUAGUAACAAAUAGACACAGUAGUACACUUAGUAACCUGAUUCCUCAAUGAUUUUCAUAAUUCAUCAGACUUUCUGCAGAUUUUUCUUCAAACAUAGUGGAAAUGCACUCACUGAAACUGCACAAAACACUGCAAGUUCAAGCAAUAUAAAUACUUUGAAAUGCUCUGAAAAAUAAGUGGGGGGGCCUUUAUUAUCUGUUGACUUGGGCUUAUGAUGACCAAAAGCUCCCUCCGGGUCACCGACUUUACUCUCUGUUGCGUCACUGGGUGCGGUUGGAAAAUAUUUUCUUGGACGAGUCAUUCAAAGACUGUUAAGUUUGGUUUCUGUUUCCCCGGUUAAGUUUCUGUUUCUUGAUGCACUCAGAUGCUCAAUAAGCAAUCUGUAUUUGAUUAAAGCUUGGCAUCUGUUUCUUAUUAAAGCACAGUUUUAUUCAGGUCAUAAAACAGUUACAGAUGCAUUGAUGGUAGGUUUCUGUGGAAUGAGUUGCAGGUUUACAGUUCUCAUUUUGUAUGAGAAAUGUCAUAAAAAAAACUGGCAAAAUAAGAUUGUUUUUGCUUACUGAUUUAAAAGAAAUAUAUUUUUGUUAUGCUUUCUUAAGCUUUUAUUUACUAAGGACAUGUUUAUGAAUCCAAUAAUACUUAAAUUCAACAUAUAGGAGUAAAGUGUCGGGAUUUGUAUGACUGUUAUUUUGCUGUUACAUACCUGUGACAUUUACUUUGAUAUGUUAUUGACAUGUUUUGAUAUGUUUUGUGAGGUAAUCACAGACUGUAUAUAAUACAAAAUGUAUGCAGUCUGUGGAGGAAAUAAAAAUGUCCUGUAUCUAUUAUGCUCACAUUUGAUUCAUGUUUUGUAGCAAAGUCGUCCUGCCUACAUUUAGCAUUGUGUACUUAACUAUAGAAAUGACCUUGUACCUUGUUGACAUUUGGUUCUCGUUUUAGAAAACCAUAUUGUACACUUUUAUCAUUCGAAUUUUUUCCCCGUGCUCAUUCAGUUCUGUUUUUUAUUUUAAACCUGAUUAUUUUAAAAAUAAUAAUGAAAGCAGUCGUCCUAUGGCAGUGAGGUCAUCCUGUCAAACAAGAGGCCCCGCCCUCUUGGCAACGUCAGGGAAUAUUUGCGGAAGUAACCCGGAACCGUCAAGGUACCGUACGGUAGUGAUGGGCAGAUGAAGCCUCAUGAAGCCUUGAAGCGUUCCACCUAAUUGGUUCAAAAAAAGGUUCAUUUCUCGAGGCUUCAUGUGCACACAAGCCCCCCUACUGGCCAAAAAGUUUAUUGUCAUUUCAACUACUUGUGAUGGCCUCUUGGCUGUCUUGCAACAGUGUCAGCAUGGGAAUAAUCAGUGCCAAGGACAGAAAUAAAAACACCUCCUUAAUUUAA